AUGUCUGCCGAAAUUCCCAGCUGGAGCUUGGAGGGCAAGGUCGCCGUUGUUACUGGCUCAGGUCGUGGUAUCGGAAAGGCAAUGGCCAUUGAGCUUGCAAAGCGCGGAGCCAAGGUUGCCGUCAACUACGCCAACGCUGUCGAGGGUGCUGAGGCGGUUGUCAAGGAGAUCAAGGCUCUAGGCAAUGGUGCCGAUGCCCACGCCUUCAAAGCCAACGUUGGCGAUGUUGCGCAGACCAUAAAGCUCAUGGACGAUGUUGUCGCGCAUUUCGGCAAGCUCGACAUCUGCUGCUCCAACUCCGGGGUUGUCUCUUUCGGCCACUUCGCGGACGUUGAGCCAGAGGAGUUCGACCGUGUUUUCAACAUCAACACCCGUGGACAGUUUUUCGUCGCUAAGGAGGCCUACAAGAGGAUGGGGACUGGCGGCAGGAUCAUCCUCAUGGGCUCCAUCACUGGUCAGGCUAAGGGUGUUCCCAAGCACGCCAUUUACUCCGGGUCCAAGGGAGCCAUCGAGACCUUCGUCAGGUGCAUGGCUAUCGACGCUGGUGAGAAGAAGGUCACUGUCAACUGUGUCGCUCCCGGUGGCAUCAAGACCGACAUGUACCACGCUGUCUGCCGCGAGUACAUUCCCGAUGGUGAUAAGCUCAGCGACGACCAGGUUGACGAGUUCGCCAUGACUUGGUCACCACACAUGCGUGUUGGUCAGCCAGUUGACAUUGCUCGUGUUGUCUGCUUCCUUGCCUCCCAGGACGGCGAGUGGGUAAACGGAAAGGUCAUUGGCAUUGACGGUGCUGCUUGCAUGUAA